AUGACAACCGGUUUCCGCUUACACAAAGGGGCGAUCUUUGUCAACCUUAUCCGCCGCACCUCUGCGGGACAGAACAAAAACCCAACCAUGGGGUUUUCUCAUUCGUCUCUUCCUACCUUCUUGGACGUAAUGUCGCUCCUCAUUUCCGCUCUAUCGUUCUCAAACGACCUGCAGAGUCUUCCGGUCAAGCUUGUAUCUCAGCUAUCAAAAGGCCAAACCAACCCCGAGGAGUUCAUACCUCUCAUCGUCCGUGCCGUCCUGCUCUGGUUUUUGGUGACGAGCAGCCGACGUCUGUGGGGAUACUCAACAGCAUGUGUCUCGCGAGCCAUAUUUCCAACCGUCCAUAUCAGUUCUCGAGAUCCCAGCUACGAAAUGAUCAUGGUCUGGAUCGCAAAAGACCAUGGAGCCAGGCGACAACUCCAUGACUACGAGCUGAAUACCUCUGAAGCGCGAUGGCUGAGAAGUGGCAAGCGUCAAACCGACACCAAAGGAGAGCCUUGGGCCAUGUUCGAGAUCGGUGGCAUUAUAGCUGGUGAACACACGUCUAGCUGGAGGGCGGGCGAUGUUGUUGGGCAACAAGUUCCCCUUGUGGAUGAGUCAAGUCAAAGUAUUAGAAUCAAACACAACGGCAACUAUCUGUGGAUCACCCGCCGGGUGUCGCAUAGGUUUAGCGAAGGGGCUCGCGUCGAAAUCCAGACGAUUGCUUAUAGGCCUCAUAUCAUUCAAAAUUUCAUUGCCGCUGUUAAUCAAAACUUCUACGAAAAGGAAGACAAAGAGCUGCGAAUCUUCCAUUCCAACGAUACUGACGUGGAGGGUAGGCGUAUCAAUCCAACCUGGAUGAAGCCGAUCACACGUCGUGCUCGAGAGUGGGGUUCCGUCAUCUUACCCCCUGGUAUGAAAGAAGAGAUACUUGAAGAUGUCAAGCGUUUCUUGUCGGAAAAAGAUAGGAAUUGGCACGCUUCCAGAGGUAUUCCUCACCGCAAAGGCAUGGUACUUUAUGGAGAGCCGGGGACCGGCAAAACAUCUCUUGUCACCGCUCUCGCAAGCAAGCUGAACAUUGACAUGUAUAUCGUCAACCCUGCUCAAAGAGGGAUGGAUGACGCCAAGCUAUCAACUCUGCUCCGAAACUGCCCUUCCGAGACCAUCGUCCUUAUUGAGGACAUUGACUGCAUCUUCCCUUCCGGUCGGCACAACAACGUUUCCGCCAUGCUUUCCGCCGUCGACGAGACCCCUGGCGGUGAGAUCGAUGGUCUACAGGCAGACGAUGGUGGAGAAGCAGAGGUUCAGCUUGACGGAGCAGCAUCGCAUCGUGAUGCCUUCGUCGGUGGAGGAGGACAGCCACCGUCGACCGUCACGAUUUCGGGACUUUUAAAUGCUCUUGAUGGUGUUUCAAGUCAAGAGGGAUGUGUCAUUAUUGCUACCACUAACCACCUAGAGAGACUUGACCCUGCUCUAAUCCGCGAAGGCCGCUUCGACAAUCACAUUCAUUUCACCUUCCUCAUUCCUAGACAAGCCCAUGAUCUCUACAUCCACCUUUUCCCCCUCGAAGACUUUGGCCCCCACACAGAGCGAAGCAACUUUGACAUUGUGAACGAAAAGCCUGAAAAGUCUGUCGUCAUCUUUACAGACCAAGCCGACCUUGAAAAGCAUGCGAGCGACUUUGCCGAUGCCAUCUUCUCGACCCCCAACUCUAUCAAUCUCCCGGCUGAAGAAGUUAAGUUGUCCAAGAAGAUUACCAUGGCGGCCCUGCAGAGCUACCUCACGGGUCAUAAAUAUGCCCCAAUCGAGGCUCUUGAAGGUGCGGCCAAGUGGGUUGAAGGUUACGAGGCAACGCAGCAGGAGAGGUCGCGGGUAAGACUUACUGCUGCAAGGGGCUGGGACUAUAGCCCUGUGAAGAAGACCACGCCUAAAAAGAAGGUGAAAAAGACUGUCAAGGCGGUUGAGAGCGAAGCUGAGAGUCUCUAGAAGAAUGAGUCUGUAGCGAUAGGAGGCAAUUGAGACGAAGACGAAAGUGAAAACUAGAGCAGAAAACAGUAGAGCACCGGUCCAUAUCAACAUGCCCAGACAACUACAUAUGCAUAUUUGUAGCAAAUAGAUGGUAGCCAGAUGGUAG